UUGUUUUCUUUUAUUGUUUGUGUUGUCCUAUUGCAGUAAUCGCGGGACCGCAGUGACGGCGCAGUGCCUCGUGCUGCGAGAGCUACGCCGAAACCAGUCACAACUCUCUCCUCGCCAUGGCCGUCGUCGUCUUCAGGAUCCUGGGGGCGUGCACCUUCUUGGUGGCCGCGAUGGUCCUGUCGCUCUACCCCGCCUCCACUCUUUGCAGUGGUGUCCUGGAUCCGGCGGGGCUGGCGCGCUCCCACGGGUACGACGCGGAGGUGCACACGGCGCAGACGGACGACGGCUACCUCCUGUCCGUAUUCCGGGUCCGCAACUUGAGCUCUGCUGCGCGCGGUGCUCCCCCUGUCCUGCUGGUGCCGGGCCUCGCGUGCAACGCGGCCAUCUGGGUGCUGCUCGGGCCGGGGAAGGCCCUCGCGUACCUGCUCGCCGAUCGCGGCUACGACGUCUGGCUGACGGACUACCGCGGCGCCAUGUUCAGCCGCCGGCAUGUCAACCUCUCCGACCAGGACAGCGCGUUCUGGGACUUCAGCCUGGACGAUAUCGGCCGCCUGGACAUCCCGGCAGUGUUGCGCCUGGUCCUCCGGGAGACCGGGGCCCGCUCGCUGUCGUAUGUGGGUCACUCGAUGGGCGCGAGUGUGCUCAGUGUGAUGGCCUCCUCGAGCCCACAGCUCGCGGACAACAUCAGCCACGCCUACAUGUUCGCCCCCGCCGCCUACAUGGGCCAUGCCUCCCAGCCCGCCGUCUACGGCAGCGCCGACGCCGUUUCACGACUUCACGAUGAUUUGGGGCUGUUCGCCUCCGGGGAAAUACCUCUCAACUCGUGGUGGAUGCGCAUGACCAUUCACGGCGUCUGCUCCACUUCGGUGGCUUCCCCGCUGUGCCUGAUGGUCGGCGGCGUGUACGCGGGUCACGACAGCGAGCAGAUCAACAAGACAGCCAUCCCGUUCUUCGUCGAUUACAUCCCUGACAGCAUCUCGGUGAAAAGCGUACGGCAUUUUGCCCAGCACUUCGGAAAAGAGCACAGCUUUCGGCGGUUUGACUACGGUCUGGUGGGGAACAUGGCCACCUACGGACAGAACAGUUCACCGGAGUACAAUAUCAGCAUGUCCAAGUUCCCUGCUUCGAUAUACUAUGGAAGCAACGACUUCCUAGUUAACCCUAAGGAUGUGUUGGAGUUUUCCAUGCACUUGCCCAGAGCAAUUAGACCACCGUAUAAAGUGUCGCUGGACAGAUUCAAUCACAUUGAUUUCUUUUUGGCUACGGAUGCGAAAGACCUUCUAUACAAUCAGCUCAUGAGGGACAUGUUGCAAGAUGAAGAUCAUAGUAAAAUGUCUUCCAUGACAUGAGUAUGGAAUAUUUUUAAAAUGUGGUCAUUGCAUAAAUCAUACUCUGUAUGCACAUGGGUUUACAGUUGACCUAUGCAUUAGAUGACUGGCGCUGAACCUGAUGCCCCACCCCACCAGCAGAAUUAAAAUCCUCUAUCCCCACUUCACUAUACAAUGUGAUAAUGUGAUCCGAGCACAUCCAAAGAGUAGUUGUGUAUAAAUUAUUUUUUACAA